UACUGAAAAUAUUAUCUUAUAUGUUGAAGAAGUAGAUAAAUUCAAUAAUAGUAAUAGUAACAAUGUUGAUUUGGUAAAAUCUUCACCAAAAAAACAAAGAAAAAGAAUAAUCUGGAGCCUUUAG